UGUGUUUGUUAUUGGGGCAGAUUUGAUUUCUAAACGGUUACCAAAAAUAGACCUCGACGAUGAAUGCCAACUGUCUUACGCCAAUUAUGUCAUUGAGAACAAUUUAUCACUUAAUUCUUAAACAUCGUCAGUUACCGAUAUGCGCUCUAACAUCGUUCUUCUACUGAUUUUCAUCUCUAACUUUGCAGACAGUGUGUUUUUCGAUAACUUCACUUUCGACCACAUGAUCGCGAUUGAAAGUGGAAAGGUGCAGCUGUGGAACGAGACCGACCAAGACAAGCUGAAGAAGGACCUCUUCGUUAAUUAUGACAGGUUUUCGCGUCCCACAGAGCACUUCAACACGACGAAGGUGAAUCUUGGCGUGAGUAUUUUACAUCUCGAGACUGACGAACGGAGGUCUACAGUAACGGUUCACGCCUGGAUGCGGAUGGUCUGGUACGAUCAAAAAUUGAAAUGGAAGGAGGAAGACUACGGGAAGAUUUUCGUUUUAAGAAUAGCAGACCACGAGUUGUGGCAUCCCGACCUCUAUCUCUACAACAGUGCUUCAGGUGGUGAACCCCUACUUCGUUUCGGAGGGUCGCACGCACUGGUCUAUCCGAACGGGGAGGUUCUACACGUGCCGCCUUUGAAACAGACCGUUCUCUGCGAGUUUGACUUACGUAACUGGCCGUUUGAUACUCAAUCUUGCGAGUUGAAGUAUGGGUCUUGGGUGCACCACGGUCAAGAAGUCGAGCUAGCGCUCUACAACAACGAGGCACGUAUUGACCUAAGCGAUCUCCUUCUGCACAACUCUUGGAAGAUUAUCGACACAGGCGCAGCGAUUACUUCGACAAAGUACGUUUGUUGCCCUGAGCCUUACUACGACAUCAAAUUUACGUUUAGGAUAGCAAGGAACCCGAAUCCCUACAGCUCGGUGGUCAUAGCACCAUCUAUCGUGAAUGCCCUUCUGGUACUGGCGCAAUUUUCGUUACCAAACGGAAGUAAACAGAGAUUGUACCUCAACGGGUUCCUCCUCUUGAUUUUAGCCUCCUACCUCCUGUACUUUUUGUGCCUUUUCAGCGGAACGGGGAGAGGAGCACCUUUAAUUGUGCAAUUUUACGUAUGCAGUUUGUACACUGUUUGUUUCGGGUUGCUUUCUGAAACGACAGUCACCGUCAUCUCCAGGAGCAAAAAGUUGAAAGUUAUAGAGUCCACGGCUCGCAAAGUCUUCGCUGGAAUGGUUGCUAGAGUCCUGCUGAUCGAGAGUGAUGUACCACCGGUUAGCAAGGAAGCUUUAAUGCGAAAUGACCUCGAUGACGUCGAUCACGAGGAAAUCAAGCUUGGCGAGUAUAUGGUUCGGAAUGUGCCAUUUCUUAGCGUGCUCGUCAGCAGAUUAUUUUUCAUCUUAUAUUUAAGCGCGAUAAUAGCGAUUGGACUGCAAUUCAGACUUGAUUGAGUCUAGAACACGGUUAAGAGUCUAAAAAGUGUUAAUGUUUUCAAAAAUGUGUUUUACCAAUAGUAGUCUUCAAAUGACUCCACAAAUUCGAUUUUGUUCCACUUUCUAUAAAAACUAUUCUUUUUUAAAUAUACGGAUUUUGUAGAAAACUUUUCUUAUUUUCCAGUGCA